AUGGAGCUGGAGGAGUUGGGAAUCCGAGAGGAAUGUGGCGUCUUCGGGUGCAUCGCCUCAGGAGAGUGGCCCACGCAGCUAGAUGUACCGCAUGUGAUCACUCUGGGACUUGUGGGUCUGCAGCACCGGGGUCAGGAGAGUGCUGGUAUUGUGACCAGUGAUGGGAAUUCAGUACCAACAUUCAAAACACACAAGGGAAUGGGUCUUGUAAAUCAUGUCUUUACUCAAGACAAUUUGAAGAAAUUAUAUAUUUCAAACCUUGGAAUUGGACACACGAGGUACGCCACUACAGGAAACUGUGAAUUAGAAAACUGUCAGCCCUUUGUUGUUGAAACACUUCAUGGGAAGAUAGCUGUGGCACAUAACGGCGAAUUGGUAAAUGCUACUCAAUUAAGGAAAAAGCUUCUGCGGCAUGGUAUUGGUUUGUCAACAAGUUCUGAUAGUGAAAUGAUUACCCAGUUACUGGCAUAUACACCUCCUCAGGAACAAGAUGGCACCCCAGACUGGGUAGCAAGGAUUAAAAACUUAAUGAAGGAAGCACCUACAGCAUAUUCCCUGCUUAUAAUGCACAGAGAUGUUAUUUAUGCCGUGCGAGAUCCUUAUGGAAAUCGCCCUCUAUGCAUUGGACGUCUUAUUCCUGUAUCUGAUAUAAAUGAUAAAGAGAAAAAAGCUUCAGAAACAGAAGGAUGGGUGGUGUCUUCAGAAUCAUGUAGUUUUUUAUCAAUUGGCGCAAGAUAUUACCGUGAAGUCUUGCCUGGAGAAAUUGUGGAAAUAACCAAACGUAGUGUCCAAACUCUUGAUAUUAUACCAAGGUCUGAAGGAAACCCGAUGGCAUUUUGUAUCUUUGAAUAUGUUUAUUUUGCAAGACCAGAUAGUAUAUUUGAAGACCAAAUGGUUUACACAGUAAGAUACCGUUGUGGUCAGCAGCUGGCAAUUGAGGCACCAGUGGAUGCAGAUUUGGUUAGCACUGUUCCGGAAUCUGCUACACCCGCUGCUCUUGGUUAUGCAGGAAAGUGUGGGCUUCCAUAUGUGGAGGUGCUAUGUAAAAACCGGUAUGUAGGAAGAACAUUUAUUCAGCCAAACAUGCGGUUGAGACAACUUGGUGUUGCAAAAAAAUUUGGAGUAUUGUCGGACAACUUUAAAGGCAAAAGAAUCGUUCUUGUAGAUGAUUCAAUUGUGAGAGGCAAUACCAUCUCACCUAUAAUCAAAUUGCUCAAAGAAUCUGGUGCGAAAGAGGUACACAUUCGAGUAGCUUCACCGCCAAUUAGAUACCCAUGCUUUAUGGGAAUAAACAUACCAACAAAAGAAGAGCUUAUUGCCAAUAAACCUGAAUUUGAACAUCUUGCAAAAUAUCUGGGAGCAAACAGUGUUGUAUAUCUGUCAGUGGGAGGACUAGUUUCAUCUGUACAAGAAGGGAUAAAGUUUAAAAAACAGAAAGUGGAAAAGCAGGAUAUUAUGAUUCAAGAAAAUGGGAAUGGUCUGGAAUGCUUUGAAAAGAAUGGUCAUUGUACAGCAUGUCUCACUGGAAAAUACCCUGUGGAGUUGGAAUGGUAG